AUGUACAAAUAUGCCAGCCUAUCUCCAGCAACAGCUAAAGGAAAGAAAUAUAAGAUAUUAUUAUACGACAAGGACAAGAAGAAACUUAAGACAAUACAAUUUGGUGCCUCAGGUUAUGAGGACUACACAGACCAUAAAAAUGAUGAACGCAAGGAAAGAUAUCUACAACGACAUCGAAGCAGUGAAGAUUGGAACAAUCCAGCGACCCCAGGAGCAGCCGCUAGAUACGUGUUGUGGAGCGCUAAAUCAGUCAGUCAGGGCUUUCAGAACUACUUAAAUAAUUUUAAUCUAACUAAAUUAUAA